UAUUUCACACAAUCACACUAUAUAACUAGGCAUACACAUUCUCUCGCUUCUCUCUAGUUCACACCUCAAGAUUCAAGAAUCAGACUAUCAUUGAAAUGAAUCCUGAGGAAGAGGAAGGAGCGAAUAAGAGGAAGAGAGGAGAGAUGGGAAGAGGGAAGAUCGAGAUAAAGAGGAUAGAGAAUCGGACAUCAAGGCAAGUGACCUUCUCCAAGAGGCGAAGUGGUCUUAUCAAGAAGACUCAUGAGCUCUCUGUUCUCUGCGAUGCUCACAUCGGUCUCAUCGUCUUCUCCGCAACCGGAAAGCUCACCGAGUACUGCUCCGAACCUUCCAAGAUGCCUCAGCUCAUUGACCGAUACUUGCAGACCAACGGCUUGCGACUUCCUGACCCUAAUGACGGCCAGGAGGAACUAUGCCAAGAGAUUGAAGUACUACGAAGAGAGACAUGUAAGCUUGAGCUCCGUCUGCGUCCAUACCAGGGACAUGGCUUAGCCUCUAUCCCUCCACACGAGCUCGAUCGACUAGAGCAACAGCUCGAGCAUUCUGUCCUUAAAGUCCGUGAGCGUAAGAAUGAGUUGCUGCAGCAACAGUUGGAGAAUCUAAGCAGAAAGAGGCGGAUGCUGGAAGACGAUAACAACAAUAUGUACCGUUGGCUUCAUGAGCAUCGUACCGCGAUGGAGUUUCAGCAAGCUGGGAUAGAGACCAAACCAGGGGAGUAUCAACAGUUUCUUGAGCAGGUUCAGUACUAUAAUGAUCAUCAUCAUCAGCAGCAACAACCAAACAGUGUUCUUCAGCUAGCUACGCUUCCUUCGGAGAUUGAUCCUAAUUACCAUCUCCAGCUUGCUCAGCCUAAUCUUCAAAACGAUAAUUAGUCCUCAGCCAUAUUUACUCUUUCUCUCUGAAUGAAGAAGUACUCCAUUUAUGUCGUUUAUUACCUAUCUUACUUGGACAGUGUCUUAUUUUGUGUCUGUUUUGGUGUGGUUAUGGAACCUUUUGAAAUACAAUAGCAUAAUGGUAUUUGAUUACAUAAUUAACCAUAUAAUAUC